GAUUGUGGGGUAUUGGCAGAAGAAAGAGAACCGCACAGCUGAGUCGCACCUUUAUGCACUGCUGUGAAUGGCGUCGCCGAGAAGGCCUCAGUGUUUAUAUCCAAUGUUUGGAUCGCUGCCCUGAGGAGCUUAACACACUCUUCGCUCGCUCCUUUCUCUCUUCCCAGCGUUCAACAGCGCUUCUGUCAAGACGAAAUGGCGGCUCCUACCGAACAUUCUGAUAUGGACUCGCUGUCUGAGCCUGGAAGGAACCUCAUCUCUCUUUCUUCGGGUCUCUCUUCGGGGUCAGAUCCGACACGGUCUUAUUCUGAGUCCGAAUCGCGUUCUGAACCCACCCCCGCCAUGCGUUCCCUGCGAGAGCGUUAUCCCUACAAGAUUACUCUUCCAAAACCCAAGCCUAACUUUUUUUCCAAGUUCAUUUCGUCCCGCGGAAACGAGUACUUUUGUGAAAUUGACGAGGAAUACUUGACCGAUCGUUUCAACCUUACCGGCCUUAACACCGAGGUCCCUUACUAUCAGUAUGCGUUGGACCUCGUGACCGACGUUUUCGACCUCGAUGCGGACGACGACCUUCGUGAGCAGAUCGAGAAAUCGGCUCGCCAUUUGUACGGACUUGUCCAUGCCCGCUACAUUGUCACUACUCGUGGUCUCGCCAAAAUGGUUGACAAGUACAAGAAGGGCGACUUCGGAAAAUGCCCCCGUGUUGCGUGCGAAGGCCACCCUCUUCUUCCUACCGGUCAGCACGAUAUCCCGAACACCAGCACCGUUCGCCUUUAUUGUUCCAAAUGCGAGGACAUCUACAAUCCCAAAUCGUCCAGACACGCAUCCAUUGAUGGUGCCUAUUUCGGAUCAUCCUUUACUAGUAUGCUGUUCCAAGUCUACCCUGCUCUCCUUCCGGAAAAGAGCGUUGCUCGCUAUGAGCCUCGCAUCUAUGGCUUCCGCGUCCACGCCAGUGCCGCUCUUGCACGCUGGCAGGACCGUUACCGCGAGGAGACCAGAGCCCGUCUUCGCGAUGCUGGUGUGGAGGUGAAAUAUGUCGAAGACGACGAGGACGACGAGCGCGAAGACGAUGACGAUGAAGCUGAAGCUGAGGAAGCCGAUGCCAGAGAAACCAGGGUUGCAGGAGAUGCCGCCUCUGGCCGUAUGGACAUCGGCAACUAAGUUUCUAACGUUUCUACUUGAAUGAUUGUUUCCACCGUUUGUUGAAACAGCAUAUUCUGAAGGGGCGGGUGUUCAUCUUGUCCAUCCAUCUGGUCGAUUUUUUCUUUCC